GCACUCCAUGUCUCAUUCCAACACGGUGAAGCCAACUGAGAAGGAGUUUCAGUUCAACAGCUCCACAGCAAGCAUUUAAUUUGGAAACUUGAACGGAAAUAAUAUUUAUACAAACGUCGUCGUUUUAUUUAUUUAAAGCAAACGUAAUCGUCUAGCUAACUUUAUAAGUAACCGUUGGCUCAAGGUCGUAAUUUGUACAGAAAAAGAAGAAGCUAAUUUAACGUCACAGCAUAGCCGGUCGUGGUAACAAAGAAAAUCCUUUCUCUUCAGAAAUAAUCUCCUACUACUCUCUUUAGUUAUGAGUCAUGUGGUCGUUGAUAAUCCACACGGUCUAGAGCAGCAGCUUGCUGUCCUAGACUUGAACUCUGCUGACGGACAAGGCGGAGGAACUGGCAGGCGUUACAUUCCACCUCACUUGAGAAACAAAGACGCUCCUAAAAAUGCAGGAAAUGCUUAUUCCGCUGGUAGACAGUGCGGUUAUUCAGUGGCACCAGUAAACCUCUAUUCACCUGGAUGGGACGGUGGACGCAGCAAUGGAUUUGUGAAUGGUUACCAUGACAACCGCACAAAUGGGGGCUUUGGAGGGCGAGGACCCCCUCGCAAUGAUAGAGGUGGGCGUGGCGCCUACCGUGGUAACAGGGGUGGAGGCUCGUUUAAUCAACCAUUACAAAAUGCAGGGUUUGGCAGUCACGACAACAAAGAUGGUAACUGGGGAGGAACGCCAAGGGACGCUGCCUACAACAGCUUUGGGGGACGUUCUGAUAGGCCCAAGACAGGCUUCUUCAAUGACCGUGGGGCAGGUUCAAGGGGAAGAUAUGAGCGUGGGGGUUUUGCUGGUGGAGGAAACAGCCGCUGGGCGGAGGACUCCAGAGAAGAAGAUUGGUCCAAGCCCACUGCUCCCAACGAGCGCCUGGAACAUGAGCUUUUCUCUGGAGGCAACACUGGGAUAAAUUUCGAGAAAUAUGAUGAUAUUCCUGUGGAGGCCACUGGAAGUAACUGCCCACCCCACAUUGAAAGUUUCCAUGAUGUGGACAUGGGUGAGAUCAUCAUGGGGAACAUCACCCUGAGUCGCUACACUCGUCCCACCCCGGUCCAGAAGUAUGCAAUCCCCAUCAUCAAGUCCAAGAGAGACCUGAUGGCUUGCGCCCAGACUGGCUCCGGUAAGACUGCUGCUUUCUUGCUGCCAGUGCUGAGUCAGAUCUUCACAGAAGGGCCAGGAGAGGCUGUGCAGGCCGGCAAAAACAAUGGACAGGACAAUGGAAGGUAUGGCCGCCGUAAGCAGUACCCAAUCUCACUUGUCCUGGCUCCCACCAGAGAACUGGCUUUGCAGAUCUAUGAAGAAGCCAGGAAGGUUGCCUAUCGCUCACGCGUGCGUCCCUGCGUGGUGUACGGCGGCGCUGAUAUUGGCCAGCAGAUCAGGGAACUGGAGAGAGGCUGUCACUUGCUGGUGGCCACACCUGGACGUCUGGUUGACAUGAUGGAGAGGGGCAAAAUCGGCCUGGACUACUGCAACUACAUGGUCCUGGAUGAGGCUGACCGCAUGUUGGACAUGGGUUUUGAGCCACAGAUCAGACGAAUUGUGGAGCAAGAUACAAUGCCACCUAAAGGCAUCCGCCAGACCAUGAUGUUCAGUGCCACCUUCCCCAAGGAGAUCCAGAUUCUUGCUCGUGACUUCCUAGAAGACUACAUUUUCCUGGCAGUGGGACGUGUUGGUUCCACUUCAGAAAACAUCACCCAGAAGGUGGUCUGGGUAGAGGAGAACGACAAGAGGUCCUUCCUCCUUGACCUGCUUAAUGCCACAGUUAUUCCCAGUGAGGUUCAGGAAAAUGUGACAGAGGCACCAGAGAAACCUGGCAAAGAAUCGUUGACUCUGGUGUUUGUGGAAACAAAGAAAGGAGCAGACGCUUUGGAGGACUUCCUUUACCACGAGGGUUAUGCCUGCACCAGCAUCCAUGGAGACCGAUCCCAGAGAGACAGAGAGGAAGCUCUGAAUCAGUUCCGGUCUGGACGCUGCCCCAUCUUGGUGGCUACAGCUGUGGCUGCGAGAGGUCUGGACAUCAGCAACGUGAAGCACGUCAUUAACUUUGAUUUGCCCAGUGACAUUGAGGAAUACGUUCACCGUAUUGGCCGUACGGGACGUGUGGGCAACCUCGGUCUGGCCACGUCGUUCUUUAACGACAAAAACAGCAACAUAACCAAAGACUUGCUGGACAUUUUGGUGGAGGCCAAGCAGGAGGUUCCCUCCUGGCUUGAGAGCCUGGCCUACGAGCACCAGCACAAGAGCACGACCCGAGGACGCUCUAAGAGGUUCUCUGGUGGUUUCGGAGCUAGAGACUACCGUCAGACGCCAGGUGGCGCAGGAAACUUCAGCAGCAGCCGUGGAGGGCGUAACACUGGAGGCCAUGGAGGAAGCCGCGGCUUUGGUGGAGGUGGCUUCGGUGGCAACUUCUACAACAAUGACGGCUACGGAGGAAACUACAGCCACUCUGGUAGUGUGGAUUGGUGGGGCAACUAGUCGCCGUAGGAGUAGGUUGCCAUGCCGACCCAAUGGAAACCACAUGUUAACUUAAGCCAGAUCAUAACAACCCUCCCUGUGUAGCUUCACUGACACACAGUACAUUACCAACCCUGGUUCUCUGCCAUUCGCUUCUCUCAAAAAGGAAGUGCAGCACGGCGCAAAGGAAAGUCACCAGCACGUGCAAUGCACCGGAGACCGCAGAGAUUCGCACACCUCAGAGUGAGCAUGGAUGCUGACAUGCAUUGUCCGAUAGCAACUUCGGGCUUUCAUUGUUAAAAGUAUUUUUGUUCUUUUUGUGGAAAAAAAAAAAACCCCAAUUGAAUAACCUGAGGAUCCUUUGUAUGUUAAUGUACUGUGCCUUUGGAAUUUAGACAGGAAAUCUAUGUUUUCAUUUCACCAGAUGAACAUUGCCAAGAGCUCUAAAUUUGAUUUUACUAUUAUUUUGUUUGGUGAAAAAUAUUAGAAAGGUAAAAUAAGCUUGGUCUUAAUCAAACCUUGGCAAAUACUGAGGUAUUGUGGCUCUGAGUCAUGAUUCCAUUUGAACUUCAAAUUUAUUGCAGGAACAUCAUGUAGCCUUUUCUAUAGUCAAACAGCUAAUGGAGCCAUUAGUAUGUCUAAUACAAACUGGGCCACUCUGUGAAGCAACCGUAUUUUAAUCCUUAAGGACAAAGUUACAUAUGUUUUUUUUGUUUUUCCUUUUUUGCUCACUCUAUCCUGGACAGGCUCCUUUUUAUGGAUAUGAUGGUCUUUAAAAUAGCCAUUCCUAUUGUAAUCUUAAGAAACACAGAAGUCAUUAAGCUCAGUGCCAACAAUUGCUGAGGUUUAAACCAGAAUAAUCACUGCUGGAACUUGUUACUCCACAUUUUUCAAUUGACUUGACAGUGUUAUGGCAGCUAGUAUGUUACCAAGUGCUAGCUACAUUAAGUGGGCGGUGUUUUUUGUUUAUUUUUACUUGAGACAUUUUUGGUGCAGGUGUGUGCAAAAUUGAAAAACUGGUUGUAGCUAGUUUUUUGAUUUUUGAAUUGUUUCUUCUACAAAUAUGUAUCAAAACAAAAAAUGCCUGCCAUCUUGAAAGUGAAGUUCAAAAUGGCUGCAUAAAGGACCACAGCAUCGGGAGGGCAUAGCGUGGUGUUAGUGUUUACCGAAUCGACCGGCAACCAUGAGGCCCAGAUGGUAUUCUACGCUUGCAAGUGUUUUGUUUUUUGGUCAAGGAGGAAGGACACGUGAACUGAGUCGCAGGCUUAACUUAAUUACAAACGUUUUCUCUUUUCAAGCUGCGUUGGAGGCAUGGUUCAUCUUUAAGAGACAGGCAUUUGAACGAUCACUGAGGUUUAUCAAUUAAACAGCGAGGAACACAGCAGAGUAGAGCAGCACUCCGACCACUGGGGUCAGGGGAACGGGGGUAGGCGUGGGGCACGGUUUUCAGUGCACCACCGUUGUCGCUGGCUUUGGUUUCCAUUGCUGCGUAGUGUAACUGUGGAGGUGGCCAAAGAUUGUGGGGGGGGGAGGGGAGUGUCCACUUCCUUAUGGAACAUUAAAGUACUGUCAGGUCCUCUGGGAGUUAAUCUGCUCGCACAUGUAUAAAAAAUAAAAAUCUGUGGCUUCGUAAAGCCAGAGCAGGCUUUUCCUCUCAAAGAGGAGCAGCCAUCGAGAGGAGGAGAGAUGGGGCGUUUCACCUCAAAAUGCUCCCAAUUUUCUCAUCGGGUGUGUUGUGCCUUGAAACUUUUUUUUUUUUUUUUUAACGAAGUUGAACUAAAAGCGGAUGCACUGACAGUGUUGAGAACUUGAGAUUGAAUGGUGCUACUUGAUUUAGGUGUGUAGGCCCUUGUACGUCGUGCCCAUCAAGUUUUACAAAAGUUAUUUUAUUGCACAUCUAGAGUUUUAUAUAGAUGUCUUGGAUAUGUGUCCUUAAGCUUCCAAAUAUUGUGUGUAAGGAGAUUGUGAAAAACGCAGCUUGUUUACAAAGGGGAAGGGUUCUCAACGUUUAAACCAGGAUUUAUUUGGGACCAGGGGAUUUAGCAGUCGGGGGAAUUUAGCCAUUUGCACAGAUUUCUAGAUUCUACUUUUGCUGCUAGUUUUGUGUAAUUUAUUAAGCAUUUUUGACAAAUAUUUAUUUUUGUAAGCCUCAAAGUGAUUCUUUGAAAGUUUCAGAAACUUGACCAAAAGACAGUACAAAAAACACUGGCACUUGAAUGUUGAAUGUCACCUGUAUGCGUGAAAUUUAUAUAUUUCGGGGUAGUGUGAGCUUUUUAAUGUUUAAGAUACAUUGGACUCAGUAAAUAAUAUCCACAGCUGUUUCAGGGCCUCCUCAGGGCCAGUCAUCUCUAUUAGAUUAUACUGAUUGGUCAUCAAAAUUUGAAAUGGAAUUGAACAAACAUGCCAAGGUUUGGAAUAUAGCUGUCAAAUGAGCAAAUAAAUUUCCUAAGCAUAUCAGUGCAGAAGUGUUCAGAUUCUCCAAUUGUGUGCAUUAUUGAUUCUUUACUCUAAUUUGACCUGAUAAUUAUUUUUCUCCAGUGAAUGUCUGGCACAUGGCAAUCCUUAAAGAAACAAACAUGUGGUUUAUUCUCAUUGUUGUAUUUGCAUAUAUGACGCCUCUGGGAGUUCUCCACGAAUGUGGAGCAGGUCUGUAGCAUUGACUCUCAAGGCAGCUGGUUGGGACGAACACGAUGUUCUGUGCAAGUUGUUGCGGGCAGAACCCGAGACUUGUUCCACGUUCUCUGGAGAACCCUGGAGAUCUUUAGAUGUAGACUUUGCUUUCUGUAUUAGCGAAUAGGCUCCUGCACUGCAUGGGAAACACUCAGCUGUGCAAUUGUAUGAUUUUACCAAAAUAAAAUGUUUGAAUGCAAAAGUAUCUGGGAAAAUCAAGCAUGAUUCAUGAAGAUGUGUUUACUGUAGUUGUGCAGAGAAGACCUGUAGCAAGCGGCCUGGCGCCUCGUGUGGAUACGAGGCGGACGGGCGGCGAAAUUCAAUUUGGUUUAGAUUGGAUGGGCUUCAUUUCUUUUUGAAGAGAAUUAUAAAGAUUUCAUUUGUAAAUCCAAA